AUGUUUUUGGGCGGUCAACUUCAGCUUGCGGUGCUGGCGGUGUUCUCUUGCUCAGCGGGAGCCUUCGUGGUCCCCCCUGGUCUGAGCGGAAGGGCGUCUCCCUCGGCAAUAAGGCUCAGCAACUCCUCGCCUAUCCGGCAGCAGCAGCAGCAGCGGCAGCAGGCACCAGGCAUGGUGCUGUCGGGCUUGCCGUCUCCACCGGCGAGAAAGAAGAAGAUCACGAUCUCCGACCCAAUGACGACGCCGCCGGCGAAAAAGAAGACGAGGAGCAGCAGCUCGUGGAACGACGACUUCGGGACCACCGUCGGCCGCGCGGCGUUCGCCUCUCUCAAGGACAAGGCGCGGGACAUGAUGGUCAAGGGGGCGGAGAAGAGAGGCCUUGACUGGACGGGCAUUGUCGAGGCCCUAAAGGGGGCUGAGAACUGGGAGAAACGCCGAACGGAAAUCCUCGCCAAGAACACUAACGUGGUGGUUCCGGACUACUACCUUAAACAAUUUCACGCAUACGGAGAUGGGAACCUCUGCUGGCAGGCGGCCUUCGAGCAGGAGAUCGCCUCCCUGGCGGUGGGGAUAAGGAGCUUCCCCAAAGAGGGCCUCAACGCGGAGAAGUACCUCCGCGACGCCUACAUCGCCCAGCUCACGCGCUUGGGAGGCCAGGUUGAGAAGGGCGGGGUCAUCGUGGACUUCGGCUGCGGGGUCGGCACGAGCACCCGGCUGCUGGCCGAGUCGAUGCCAGGCGCCAGGCGCGUGAUCGGGAUGGACCUGUCCCCCUACAUGAUCGCGGUGGGCAACCACCACAACCGGGAGAAGAAGACGGGGCGGCGCGUGUCCCUCGUGUACGGCGACGUGGCCGACACGCGCCUGCCGGACGGCGGCACCUCCCUGGUGUCGUGCACCUACCUGCUGCACGAGAUGCCCGACGAGGCCGUGAGGGACGUGCUCGCGGAGGCCUACCGCCUGCUAAAGCCCGGAGGAAGCCUCGCCAUCAUGGACAUGGACCCCGACGCCCCCGGCUACAAGAAGCUCAGGUCGAACCCCUUCCUCUUCUCCAUCGUGCGUGCCACGGAGCCCUACCUCGACCGGUGGUUCAACCUGGCCCCUCGCAUCCACCACCUCCUGGCGGAGACCGGCUUUAGCGUGGUGAGGAAGGCAGCGGUGACCGGGAGACACUUCCUAGUUGUGGCCACUAAGGCCGGUUCGCUAGACUUGCGGCCGUCCGAUCGCGCCAGAGAGGCGAUGGACGAGCACCUCAGCACGUGGCAGACGUAA